CUGACGGACUCAGCCCUGGGACGCGGCCACUGAGCAGAGGGCGACAGUGGCCACCCGGGUGUUCCACCCCACCCAAAACUCAGCCCCACUGGGGGUUCUGCACCCAGGUAAGAGUUCCACGGGGACACUCGUGUGGGGUGCAGGAGGUAGGAGCUGGGCGGCAGGGUUAGGAGGGUUUGGGGACCAAGGGAGUGGGAGGGCAGAGCAGAGCCCACCCCUGUGGCAUCAGGACACCCCCUUGUUUGUGGCCGACACGCCCCCUGUUCUGGCUCAGCCCGUCGUCAUCACUUCGGGGAUCCUUGCGGGGGGCACCUUCAGGCAGGAUUUGGGGUUCGUUGCAGCCCAGACCAGGGCUGCAGGAUGCCCGCAGCGCUUGUGGCCGGGACUGCUGGCUCAGAGGACAGCCGAGAUAAAGCUGCAGCAAUCCCGCAGGGCUGCGGGAGAGAUAAGAGCAAGACAGGAAGCCCGGGGGACCUGCCUGCUGCUGACACCUGCCCCUCCCACCUUUAUGGACGCCGUGGUCAUUCCCCAAAACUACUUUCGAGUCUGGGAGCCACUUCAGUCCCUUCUUCCCCCUGCCAACAUCAAGGGCAUCAUCAGAUACCAACCCUUGGGCAUGGAGGCAUAGGACAGGGCAUAGGGCUUAGCUGUGCCACCACUUUAUGUCCUGCCCUGUCCCCCCAAGCCCCCAGUCCCCUGUCCCAUCUCUGUACCCCUUUUUCCAUCCCCAGGAGGACCUUGGGAGUGUGGAGACCCCCAAGGCAGGGAGGCAAAGCCAGGAGUGGGAGUGACCCAGGCUUCCAGCUGGGGGUCCCCUUGCUGUGGUGGUACCUGUCACCAUGGUGGAGCUCAGCGCCAAAGUCUCCAGGACACUGAACAAGACCACACCGGGCAUCCAGAUAUGGCGAAUUGAGAACAUGGAGAUGGUGCCAGUGCCCACCAAAAGCUACGGCAACUUCUACGAGGGGGAUUGCUACGUCCUGCUGUCGAUACGCAAGUCUGGGAGCAGCUUCAGCUACGACAUCCACUACUGGCUGGGCAAGGAGUCAAGCCAGGAUGAGCAGGGGGCAGCUGCAAUCUACACCACCCAGAUGGAUGAUCACCUGGACUCAAGGGCCGUGCAGCACCGCGAGGUCCAGGGACACGAGAGUGAGACCUUCCGCACCUACUUCAAGCAGGGAAUCAUCUACAAGAAGGGUGGGGUGGCCUCAGGCAUGAAGCAUGUGGAGACAAACACCUACAACAUCCAGCGACUGCUGCACGUGAAGGGCAAGAAGAAUGUGGCGGCAGGAGAGGUGGAGAUGAGCUGGAAGAGCUUCAACAGAGGAGAUGUAUUCCUGCUGGACCUGGGUCAGCUCAUCAUCCAGUGGAAUGGCCCUGAGAGCAACCGAAAAGAGAGGCUGGGGGCAAUGAACCUGGCCAAGGAUAUCCGGGACCGGGAACGUGGGGGCCGUGCCAAGGUGGGCGUAGUGGAUGGUGAGGAUGAGGAGGCCUCACCAGAACUCAUGAAAGUCCUUAAGCAUGUGCUGGGUGAGAAGAGGGACAUCCAGCCAGCCAUCCCUGAUGACAAAGUGGACCAGAUACUCAAGUCCUCCCUCAAGCUCUACCACGUCUCCAAUGCCAGUGGGAACCUGGUCAUACAGGAGGUGGCAAUUCGACCCCUAACUCAAGACAUGCUCCUGCACGAGGACUGCUACAUCCUUGAUCAAGGAGGUACCAGGAUCUUUGUCUGGAAGGGCAAGAAUGCCAACAAGGAGGAGAAGCAGCAGGCGAUGAGCAGGGCGCUGGGCUUCAUCAAAGCCAAGAACUAUCCAGAGAGCACCAGUGUGGAAACAGAGAAUGAUGGGUCCGAGUCAGCUGUCUUCAGGCAGCUCUUCCAAAAAUGGACUCUCCCCAGCCAGACCAGUGGGUUGGGCAAGACCCACACCGUGGGCAAAGUGGCCAAGGUGGAGCAGGUGAAGUUUGAUGCUACCACCCUUCAUGCCAAGCCCCAGAUGGCUGCCCAGCAGAAGAUGGUGGACGAUGGAUCUGGAGAAGUGGAGGUCUGGCGUGUGGAGAACAAUGAGCUGGUGCCUGUGGAGAAGAAGUGGCUGGGCCAUUUCUAUGGUGGGGAUUGCUACUUGGUGCUCUACACCUAUUUUGUGGGGCCCAAGGUGAACCGCAUCAUCUACAUCUGGCAGGGCCGCCAAGCCAGCACAGAUGAGCUGGCCGCCUCUGCCUACCACGCCGUCGCUCUGGACCAGAAGUACAACAAUGAGCCCGUGCAGAUCCGCGUCACCAUGGGCAAGGAGCCGGCCCACCUGAUGGCCAUCUUCAAGGGCAAGAUGGUGGUGUAUGCGGGUGGCACGUCUCGGACAGGCAGCACGGAGCCCACACCCUCCACACGCCUCUUCCAAGUGCAUGGCACCAAUGAGUACAACACCAAGGCCUUCGAGGUGCCUGUCCGUGCCUCCUCCCUCAACUCCAAUGAUGUCUUUGUGCUCAAAACCCCCAGCUGCUGCUAUCUCUGGUAUGGGAAGGGCUGCAGCGGGGAUGAACGUGAGAUGGCCAAGACUGUGGCUGACAUAAUCUCCAAAAUGGAGAAGCCAGUGAUUGCAGAAGGACAGGAGCCACCUGAGUUCUGGCUGGCCCUGGGGGGCAAGUCCCAAUAUGCCAGCAGCAAGAGGCUGCAGGAGGAGAACCCCUCUGUGUCCCCCCGACUCUUUGAGUGCUCCAACAAGACAGGCACCUUCUUGGCCACAGAGAUCUUAGACUUCACUCAGGAUGACCUGGAGGAGAGUGAUGUUUACCUACUAGACACCUGGGACCAGGUUUUCUUCUGGAUUGGGAAUGGUGCCAAUGAGUCAGAGAAGGAGGCGGCAGCAGUGAUGGCACAGGAGUACCUGCGGAGCCACCCCAGUGGGCGUGACCUUGACACCCCCAUCAUUGUGGUGAAGCAGGGUUAUGAGCCCCCCACCUUCACCGGCUGGUUCCUGGCCUGGGACCCUCUCAACUGGGACGACAAGAAAUCCUACGAGACACUGAGAGCUGAGCUGGGUGAUGAGAGCAGCCUUGGGCAGCUCACCUCAGUGAUCACAUCCAGGCAAGAGGUCUUCACUGCCACCACCACCCUUGUCCCCACUAAACUGGAGACCUUCCCCUUGGAUGUGCUGGUGAACACCUCAGCCGAUGACCUGCCUCGGGGCGUGGAUCCCAGCAGGAAAGAGGAUCACCUCUCGGAUGGGGACUUCCAGGCUGUUUUUGGCAUGAACCGCUCUGCCUUUAGCAACCUGCCUUUGUGGAAACAACAGAAGCUCAAGAAGGACAAAGGACUCUUCUAGGACAGGAGCCUGGGCACAGGGACAAUCCCAGCUCUUUAGUAAAUAAAACUGAGUUUGGAAAAUAGGGCUGUGGUCUCUCCCCUCCAACCCCAAGGCCCAGCCCCAGGUGUCGGGGUUAUUUGGUUCAGAGCUGGCACACAGGGAGAGACAGGUCUUGCCUGGGCACCGGCAGCACAGGAGAGGACCCUCAACUCCUUUUUUUCCCUGAGGCCUUCCUUUGUCCUCAUGAUCAGAAGUGAUGCACAGGCUGGGCAUGCUCGGGGAGCCAGGACUCUCCCACCCCAGCAG